UUACUAAAGUAUACAAGAAACCUCGUAAAUCAUACGUCAAGUUCUCUAAAGCUAGGGGUGUACAUGGGCCGGGCGGUCCUUGUUUAAUCAUUUUAAUCACCCACCCAUAUACCACGGUUUCAAAAAUUCUAAACUCAAACUCACACAUAAAAAUAAGGACCAUAUUGUUUGUUUAAAACUGAGUUGGGUCUAGUUGACGAUACUUUUAAGUAAAAACUCAUCAAUGAAAAAAAUGCAAUAACUAGCUAAUGUAUUCAUAGAUUCAUCACAUGUUUAUUAGGAUGAGUUGAGCCACCAUCUGUUCAUCCAACUUUGAUAGAAUAGUUGUGUUAUCAACUGUUCACUCAACUUUAAACAGUAGGAGUUGUGUCAUCACCCUUGAUAAUAUUAUUGCAGAUGGAAUCUCUUAAGAAAGAUUAUAAAUAAACUCUCAAACUUGGUCAUUGUAAUCUUCCAUCAUGUGGUUAUUUAUAGAGUUAUUUGAAGAAAAAAAAAUAGUUGUUAGAGACGAAAAGAGCCAUUGAGGUUAAAUUAGGAGUUGGACUAAAAAUUUUCUCCUUUUUCUUUUGUGAGAACAACAAAAAAACAAACGAGCAGCCACAUCAGUAAGAAUGGCAAUGGGCAAGUCCGGGACGGGUAUCUCGAUAUCAAUACCCGUCCAUGGCAGGUCGGGUAAUUUAUUACGGGGCGCGGGUCGGGACAGGUCGACCCAAUGGGUAUGUAAUUUAUGUAAAAAAAAACAUUAGAAAUAUUAGUUAUUUUCAUUAAAAGACCAAGAAAGAAACGAUAAUAUGAUAAAAUCUAGUUAAAUUAUUGAAGAAAUUGAGAUUUUCACUUAAUUACAACUUUAUUAUAGCUAAAAUAUAAUGUAAUAGGAGGAGAAUCCUAAGUAAUUUGACUAAGAUUAUAUGUAAUUUAGGCAAGAACGGGUCGAGAAUGGGGCGGGUCAGGGCAGGUAACGAGUGAUAUGAAAUUUUGUGUCAAAAUAUAUUGAAAAUGGAUCUCAUUUUGUAGAUCACAAAGAAGUUGUUCCAUAUGUACAAAAAAAAUUGAAUUCCAAGUUAAAACGAAGAAGAUAAGAGCCGAUUAAGAAAACUAGAGAAAAGAAAAUAUUUAUUAAUUUCUACUUCUUAAACCUGAACUUUUCUGCGUCCACUCAAAGCUAAGGUUCCAAAUUUAAUUAUAAAUAGGAAUAACAAUAAACCCAUGACCACGGGUAGUCGACCACCCUUGAUUUAGUCAAUCUCGAGAAUCCCCACAUUGACUGAGUAUGGUUAAAAUAUGCAAAACGUUUGGGUAUGGGGUGAGUAUGAUUUUAGUCUCUCCCGCCCCACCAUGAGCAUUUCUUCGCACAUAAAAAAUACAUGAGUCAAAUUGUAACCUAUCAAUGAUAGUGAUGGUAACUCAAGAAAAUAAAUAGUAGAAAUGCAAUUGAGUGGCCACCCAAUCAAAACCUUAUAACUUUUUCUCAACUCUCUUUUCACUCAUUCACUUUUUCCCUCGUGUUAACAAGAUUAUGUUUGUUAGUUACUACUUAGCAGAUUUAUCAAAGUUAGAGAAUUAUGAUUUGGAUUACAUUAUACCAUAUGUUAUGAAGUAAUGAAUGUUUUUUAGGAUAAUAUGUUUUGAACUGUAUUAAGAAUGAUUAUCUCUUUGUCGGCUUCAUAAUAUAGUAGGUGCGUUUAAUAUUGUAAUUGAAAUUUACAUGUAAAAUUUUAGGUAUUAUAAUGUUAGAUGAACGGGACGGAAAUCCACAGGUAUAGGGAUGAGUUUGCAAAACCUUUCGAGAUAGAUAUAGGACGGGUACAAAUUUGGAUAUUUAAAAGCGAGAAUGAAGAUGGUUUAGAAGGGAGGCAGGGAGCGGAUCAGGUCAGUAACCAUGAGUAACACGUCCACAUCAGCAUGACAUCAGCAUCCCUUUCUCUCUUGGAAAGUCUUUUAUCUUUUCCCCUUUAAUCUUUAACAGACGAUUUCUCUCUCGUUUUAAGUCAAAAUUUAAAUUUUUUGCACAAAUAAAUCAGAUUAAAUGUGCCCUUUUGAAAUGUAUCCACUUUGAUAUAUUUUUAGUACAAAAAAUUGAGUUAUUUUUUACCAGUCAUUAGCAUAUGGUAUGCUAAUAUUUAAUACCAUAUGGUAAGAAAGCGUACCAUGAUGGUAUGAACAUACCAAUACGGUAAGAAUGUUAAAUACAUGAUAGUAGGAGUAUACUAGCUGUCAUUUACGACUUUCAUCUUUGUUUACUACAAGUUACCACAAGUUACCACCCACAUAGAUUUGUUAAAGAUUAAAGGGGAAAAUCUGAAUUUAAUCUGUGUGGAUAUCAUUUUUGAAGAGCACAAUUAAUCUGAUCUAUCUGUGUAAAAAAAAUUAAAUUUUGACAUAAAACGAGUGUGAAAUCAUCCGUCAAAGAUUAAAGGAAGGGGGGAGGGGAAUUAAAAGCUUUUCAGGAGAGAGGGAUGCUGUUGUCAUGCUGAUGUGGACGAGUUACUCAUGGUUACUCACCAUAAGGUUACUGACCUGAUCCGUUUUCCCAAUGGUUACUGACCCUCUCCUAAGUCGGUUUAGACAAACCCGCUCAUUCUCAUCCUUAAUUAUGGGCUUAUGAUAGGGUCAGUAACCAAUGGUUAACCAAUGGUUACCGACUUAUGAGUAACUAAAUCUUGACCUUUAGAUCUAAGUGGGCCCAGAAAAUCCAGAUCUAAGGGUUGUCAAUUAAAGACAUUUUAUUUUUCCUAGUUUUCAUAAUCGGCUCUUAUCUUCUUCGUUUUAACUCGGAUUUCAAAAUUUUUUUGCACACAUGGAACGAGUUCGUUGUGCUCUACAAAAUGAGAUUAAUUUUCAAUAUAUGUCGAAAAACUUUUUUUUACCAACUACAUACCAUAUGGUAACUUUUUUGUUUUUAAGUCGUUUUUGAAAACGUUUGCUCCGAAGGAACGAGUUCAUCAUGAUCUAUUGGAUCUACAAAUUUCAGGGUGAAAAAAAUAUUGGACUGAAAAUUACCAUACUUUACCACUAUGGUAUGUGAGUGGUAACUUGUGGUAAACAAUGAUGAAAGUCAUAAAUGACAGUUAGUAUACUCCUACUAUCAUGUAUUCAACCUUCUUACCAUAUUGGUAUGUUCAUACCAUCAUGGUGAGCUUUCUUACCAUAUGAUAUUAAAUAUGAGCAUACCAUAUGGUAAUUACUUGUACAAAAUUAUUCAAUUUUUUGUACUAAAAAUAUAUCAAAGUGGAUAUCAUUUUAAAGAGCACAUUUAAUCUGAUUUAUCUGUGCAAGAAAAGGUUAAAUUUCGACUUAAAACGAGAAAGAAAUCGUACGUUAAAGAUUAAAGAAGAAAAGAUAAAAGACUUUACAGGAGAGAGAUGAUGCUGAUGUAAUGCAAAUGUGAGCAGAUUAGUGAUGGUUACUCACCGUAUGAGUCACUGACUUGAUCCGCUCGCCUAAUUAUGGAACACUAGUACACUACACAGCCAGUUCGGCGGCCGGAUAGAGUGGGUUCCAAUGUGGAGCCAGACCUCCCAAGAAUCUUCCACGUUUCCUUUUCGCACCGAAAUCAAAUAGUCCUGCCUGGCUGCUGACUCACCUCCCCGAUCGUCCAAAAUCCCGCUCAGUCCCUUCAAUGUUGCUGUUCCACCCGCCGUUGGACUCUUGGCUAAUGAAAAUUUCUCCAUUCAUGGUCUACGUCCAAAAUCCCAGAAUCCCGAUUCCCUAACUUGACACCUUUUUCUUCAGAUCAAUCAUGGCCUGGUUUCGGACCCUGACCCGAAUGUCCGCCACAGCCAAAUCUUCGCCGCCUCCGCUUCUGCCUUCGCCACUCAGAACCGUACCCACCGCCCCAGUAGCCUCCGCGUCUCUGCUGCUGACCUCGCUUCGAAACUUCAGCACAGGCACUGCCGCCUCCCCUGCCGUCGAGGAUCGUCCUCCGCCGCAUCUGUCGCAGUCUCCGACCCACUGCGGAGACCUGGGGCCCACCGGGGGCGGCGAGAAGCCGAGGGUGGUGGUGCUCGGAUCCGGAUGGGCCGGCUGCCGGCUGAUGAAGGGAAUCGAUACCAGCAUCUACGACGUCGUGUGCGUCUCGCCGAGGAAUCACAUGGUUUUCACGCCUCUCCUGGCCUCCACUUGCGUCGGGACCCUGGAGUUCAGGUCGGUUGCCGAGCCCGUGGGUCGGAUCCAACCCGCAAUUUCGAGGGAACCCGGAUCCUAUUUCUUUCUCUCCAAUUGCAAGGGGAUCGACGCUAAGAACCACCGGGUGAUUUGUGAAACUGUGACUGAUGGACCCAACACGCCGGACCCGUGGAAGUUCAACAUUUCGUAUGACAAAUUGGUAAUUGCCUUGGGAGCUGAGGCCUUGACGUUUGGCAUCCAUGGUGUGAAAGAACAUGCGAUUUUCCUCAGAGAAGUUCAUCAUGCCCAGGAGAUAAGGAGGAGGCUGCUCCUGAAUUUGAUGCUGUCUGAUGUCCCAGGCACUACAGAGCAAGAGAAGAGCAGGUUGCUGCACUGUGUUGUUGUUGGGGGCGGCCCGACGGGAGUUGAAUUCAGUGGAGAGCUUAGUGAUUUCAUCAUGAGGGAUGUUCGCCAAAGGCACGCCCACGUCAAGGAUUACAUCCGUGUUACUUUGAUUGAGGCGAAUGAGAUUUUGUCUUCCUUUGAUGAUCGUCUGCGGCGGUAUGCUACCAGACAAUUGACUAAGUCAGGGGUUCAUCUUGUUCGUGGGAUAGUCAAGGAUGUUGAACCUGACAAGAUAGUUCUUGACAAUGGGAUGGAGGUUCCAUACGGUUUACUGGUUUGGUCUACAGGCGUUGGCCCUUCAUCUCUUGUCAAAUCUCUUGACCUGCCUAAAGCUCCUGGUGGAAGAAUCGGGAUUGAUGAGUGGCUGCGGGUAGCCAAUGUGCCGGAUGUGUAUGCAAUUGGUGACUGCAGUGGGUUUGUAGAAAGCACUGGUAAACCAGUCCUGCCCGCUUUAGCCCAGGUUGCAGAGCGGCAGGGAAAAUAUCUUGCGGGUCUACUGAAUAGAAUUGGCAAAGCGGGAGGAGGGCGUGCAAACAGUGGAGCGGAAGUAGACCUUGGGGAUCCAUUUGUGUACAAGCAUCUGGGAAGCAUGGCUACACUUGGGCGGUACAAGGCUCUUGUGGAUCUUAGACAGAGCAAAGAAGGUAAAGGGAUAUCCCUGGCUGGUUUCUUGAGCUGGUUCAUAUGGCGGUCAGCAUAUCUUACGCGGGUGAUAAGCUGGAGGAACCGGUUUUACGUUGCUGUUAACUGGCUUACUACCAUGGUGUUUGGUCGCGAUAUCAGCAGAAUAUGAGAGGCAGAGGGAGGAUUCACCGAUUCAGGUAGAGUUGUUAGACAGACUAUCUUGGAUUUGGUGGUGAUAACAUACACUUACAUUGCCUUUGAUUUGCAUGUUUAUGGCAACUUGUUUUCCACCUGGAGACAGUUGAAUUGCAGGCACGGCGUAAUAGCUAAUUCCACGGCGAGCAAUUAUGCAUACUGUUCCUCUGCUUCAUAGCUAAAAGCUUAUUCUGUGGUUGGUGAUUACUGGAGCUGACAACAUAGAUGUCUAGGUACAGUUUAAUUUGAUGUUUCUCAAACAAACAAGGGAUGUACACUGUUAAAACGUCAUUCCUAUACGACACAUAAAUGUGCUGUACAUUUUCCGUGCUUGAGCUUUUAGCUUUAGUUACCCUGUUCCAUACAGCUUUACUUCAGUGCAGACGACAAUGCAUUAUAAAAUUGCACGCCUUAGACUUUUUUCACUUCUGCAUUAGGAAUUUUUUUUUUUUUUUAUAUAUUGGAUGUAAUGCAUUGUUGGAUCGCGCUCGACGCAGCUGAAUCGAUGCUGUUUUAUUUUCAUGGAAACGUACCAGUUAGUCAAAUGAGAGGGAUUAGAGUUGCAAGAAGGAUGUUGGUUAAUGAGGUAUAUCCAGUCCUGCAUCUCUGUUUCCAGCGAAGAGCCAGAGCAAUCCACUCUACUUAUUCUGCUUUCUGUUAAUACUAGUAUAAGCUCGCUCGCUUUUGCUUCGUGUGUGAGCGAGAACAUAAUAUUUUAAAAAUUGAUAGUUUGAAUUUUGAUCCAAAAUUAAAGAGCUUGUCAUCUACAAUUCCAUGUAGUUGACCCAGAGAUGAACUUUAAUAAGGGAGAAGUGUGAUUGAGCAAAAUGAUGUUAUGUACUUUGCAUUGUUUGGUUUUGGAGAUUAUUAGUUUAGUAUUCAAUAAACUUUUUAUGGGAAA